GUGUUGGUAUCUGCCUCUCUUUGGAGUCUACCACCCCAAGAAACCCCAACAGAUUAGAGUUGUCUUUGAUUCAAGUGCACAGUGUUGUGGGGUAUCCCUGAAUGACAUUCUGUUGAAAGGCCCAGACCUAAAUAAUAACCUCCUUGGUGUGUUGUUACGCUUUCGCAAGGACACCAUUGCAUUCAUGGCUGAUAUCCAACAGAUGUUCCAUUGUUUUCUAGUUAGACCUGAAGACAGAAACUACUUAAGGUUCUUCUGGCACAAAGACAAUGACCCUACACAAGACAUCAUAGAAUGGAGAAUGAAAGUACAUAUCUUUGGUAACAGCCCUUCUCCAGCAGUGGCCAUAUAUGGUCUUAGACAAGCAGCUUGUCAGGAAGAAAAGGAGUUUGGUGCAGACGCUAAAAGAUUUGUGAAAAGAGACUUUUAUGUGGAUGAUGGUCUGAAGUCAGUACCCACUGCAGCUGAAGCCAUUGACCUCUUGAACAGGACAAGAAAAAUGCUAGCAUGUUCAAAUCUCCACUUACAUAAGAUAGCAGUGAUGUAAUGGCUGCCUUUUCUUCUGAAGAUCAUGCAACAGACUUAAAAGAUCUCAAUUUCAAUGAUGAUGAUUUACCCAUGCAAAGAAGCUUAGGCAUCUGUUGGGAUCUUAAAAGCGAUUCCCUGACCUUCCAAGUGUCAUCAGAGAAAAGACCCUUCACACGAAGAGGAGUCCUCUCUACAAUAAACAGUUUGUAUGACCCUUUGGGGAUAGCUGCACCAGUAACCAUUCAAGGGAAAGUUCUUCUUCGUGAUCUCACCUCUGAGACUCAAGAUUGGGAUGCACCCCUGCCUGAAGGUAAGAGACUGUCAUGGGAAGAUUGGAAAGAGUCCCUUCACCAUUUAAAGCACAUACAGGUAACUAGACCCUAUGUAUCUGUUUCUUGUUCUAAUGCUAAAUACAAAGAACUUUGUGUGUUUUCAGAUGCUUCCACACAAGCAAUUGCAGCAGUGGCCUACUUAAAGGUGAUAGAUUCUGAAAGUCAGGUCCACAUAGGUUUUGUGCUAGGAAAAGCUAAGUUAGCCCCAUGUCCAGAACUUACAGUCCCACGACUCGAACUCUGUGCAGCAGUCCUCGCAGUGGAUAUAGCUGCAUUCAUAACAAAAGAAAUUGACACCAAUAUAGACUCUGUCAGCUACUUCACAGACAGCAGAAUAGUUUUAGGCUACAUUUGCAAUGAGAAAAGAAGAUUUUAUGUCUUUGUUAGCAACAGAGUUCAGCGAAUAAGAAGAUCCUCUCUCCCUGAACAAUGGCACUAUGUGUCAACAGAGAGCAAUCCAGCUGAUCUGGCCACAAGAUCUGUAUCAGCAGCACACCUGAAAGAUACUAUGUGGUUCACAGGUCCACCCUUCUUGAGUCAUUCUCACCACUUGAAACUAGAGACUGAAACCUUUACAUUAGUGGAUCCGGCUCAAGAUACAGAGAUUCGUCCACAAGUUACAACCUUGAGUACAACAUCCAAAAGUAAAGAACGUUUUUGCAGGUUCUCUAGCUGGAAUACUUUGACGAGAGCAUUAGCACGCCUCAUUCAUGUAGCGCAUCUGUUCAAACAAAAAAGAGACAGCCAACUUGAUCAUUGUAAGGGCUGGCACCUUUGCAAAGAACUAAACUUGGUGCAUGACUUUAAGAAAGCUAGAACAGUCAUCAUACAGAAUGAUAAAAAAGAGACUUUUGCAAAAGAAAUACAGAGCAUUUUAGAAAAGGAAGGCAUGCCAAAUGAUAGUCCUCUCAGAGCAUUGGACCCUUUCAUAGAUGAAAAUGGACUACUGAGAGUAGGUGGUCGCUUGAGAAAUGCAGACCUAGGACCAGAAGAAAGGAAUCCAAUUAUUGUGCCUGAACAGAUCCACCAUUCACUCACAUUGGCCUUGAUGUAUUUGGGCCAUGGACAGUCUGCUCAAGACGUACACGAGGAGGCUCUGCCGACAGCAAAAGAUGGGCAGUUCUUUUUACUUGUCUUAAUAUCAGAGCCAUUCAUAUUGAAGUGAUAGAAUCCAUGGACACUUCAAGCUUUAUAAAUUCUUUCAGAAGGUUUUUUGCUAUACGUGGUCAAGUCAAAACUAUCAGAUCUGAUCGUGGUACCAACUUCGUUGGAGCAUGCCGUGAACUUGGAAUCUCUUCCAACCUUAACUAUGAAGAGAUAGAAAGUUUCCUUUCCAAACAAGAAGUGUGUUGGAUCUUUAAUCCUCCUCAUGCCUCCCACAUGGGAGGUGUGUGGGAAAGAAUGAUAGGAGUUGCAAGAAGAAUAUUAGACUCCAUGCUUCUACAGUUACCUUCAAAACUCUCUCAUGAGGUUCUCAUUACUCUAAUGGCAGAAGUGACUGCAAUAGUGAACUCAAGUCCUCUGACCCCAGUCUCAUCAGAUCCUGAGGACCCACAAAUACUUACUCCAGCUACACUGUUGACUCAGAAGUUUGCAUCUUAUCCUGUACCUUCUGGGAACUUUGAUGGUAAAGAUCUCUAUAAAAGACAAUGGAGACAGGUUCAAAGCCUAGCCAAGGUCUUCUGGGACCGGUGGCGCAAACAGUAUCUAUCUACCCUGCAGGUAAGAAGGAAAUGGCAAUCAGAUAGACCUAACAUCAACACAGGAGAUCUUGUCCUUCUAAAAGAUCAACAUACCAAGAGGAAUGAAUGGCCUAUGGGUCGUGUAACAAAGACUUUCCCUGAUAAAGAUGGCAAAGUUCGCAAAGUGGAAAUAAAGAUUGCCAGAGAUGGGAGUUCUACAUUAUUCUUCAGACCAGUGACAGAGCUCAUCCUUCUUCUUCAGUCUGAAGACCCUGCUCCCUGAUUGGACUAGAAUAAUUGUGGUGAUCUUACAGACACCAGGCGGGGAGUGUACUGUUAGGACAGGUAUAUGUCUUUUCAUUUGAUUACAGGUAUGAGCAGUCCUUCAGCUCCAUCUACUGGACACUUGUAGAUAUUUCCUGGUGUUAGUUAUUUGUUUAAUAAAGUUAGUUAUUGACCUCUGAUGUCAUAACUCCAGGUCACAGGAAGUAGGUGUUUCCAGCCUGUGCAGUUCAUCUCAUGUGCUUUCAGCUUUCUCCAUGCUAAACAGGCCCUAUGCAGCAUUGUUGUUUUACCCUUUCAUCUUUAAAUACCCAUUAAACAAGUUAACAACUUACACAGUGUGGUGCUUUGAAGAAGGGUUAUCUGCCUGUCAAUCUUACUUCAGACAGUGAGCAGGACAGAACAGUAGACAACGUCACGCAU